ACUUUGCAUUAUGGCUGAACGUUACACUGCGACGCACGAUGGGCGGAACCAAUGUCACUAAAUGAAAUUCGGACUAUUUUCAGUGAGGCACCAUUGGGAAGGUGUCAUGGCGUCGAGUUACCUUGUCAGUCGUGGUGUGACUGCACUUGGUAUUCACCUCCAGCAUGUUUGUAGGAACGUACUCCUUACACAGACCAGAGAAAAGAAGCGAUGGAUGAAAUCGUACACUCUAUUGAUGGAAAAUAUAAGGAAGUUGGAGGGACCGCCGCCACCAAAGCCGCGCUCUCAUCAGCCCGACUGGGACUACCAUGCAGAAGCCCAAGCCUUCAGCAUCAGACUUCAGGAAAAUUUCUCCCUGGAGCUCCUGAAGACCGCCUUUGUGAACCCCUGCUACAUACAGAGUGAGGAGGAGGGCCGGCGCAAGGCGGGCCUGGAGGGCGAGGCUGUCGCCCUCAAUCUGAAGGACAACACGGACCUGCGUGGCCAGGGCCUGGACUUCACCCACAGCUUCCUCUGUGACUGGUGCAGGGGGAGCUUCCCAAACCUGCCGGCCGAGGCCGUGACCGCCGUCGUGGGUCACCUGACCUCCCCCGAGGUCACGUGCCAUGUGGCGCGGAACCUGGCAGUGGAAGACCUCACGAUGUGCAGUCAGUGCCCCGUGCCGGAGGACGUCCUGCAGGCCACGUUCUUCGCCGUGAUCGGAGCCCUCCAGGAAAGCAGCGGGGCAGAGAGGACGGGGUUUUUCCUCCGGGACUUCCUGGUCCCACAGCUGAUUGGGAAGGAUCUGUUUGAGAUGUGGACGGUGCUCAACCCCAUGGGGCUGCUGGUAGAGGAAUUGUCCCGAAGAGGGCAGCCCCUCCCCGAGCCUCGCCUGACCCGGUCGGCUGGAGCCAGCACAGUUCUGCCCCUCUUUUUCGUGGGACUCUAUAGUGACAGGAAGCUGCUGGCGGAGGGUCCAGGGGAGACGGUCCUGGCUGCAGAGGAGGAGGCUGCCCGUGUGGCCUUGAGGAAGCUGUACGGAUACACAGAGAACCGGCAGCCAUGGGACUUCUCCCCUCAGAGCCAGCAGCCUGCUCCUGCAGUCCGUGCCCUCCAGAGCACAUAGGGCCAUCUGCCCCUGAAGAACCACUGCAGGACUGCAAUGUCCAAAAUGUCCCGCGGGACCUACUUCCCUCCCCUAAUCUUUGAUCAUAGACUCAAGUGUGGCAGUUACACCACACAUGGUAACACAACCUCACACACACAACCAUUAAUGAACUUUUCCUUUUUUUCUGAGUGUUGUUUAUAUACAUGCAAAGUGUCCUCAAUAAAACUAUUACUGAGA